GUCGUCCCUUCGCUGCCCCGCGAGAUCCCUCGCACUCCCCAUCUCCAGCAUGGCACCCUGCAGCACAGCUGCUGCUGCUGCGGAUGGUUGCGCGGUGCCGCUCUCUGCCAGUUGCGCCAGCUCGUGACCCUUUCCCAGGGACGACGAGGCUGCGAGGCGGGACUUGGGACCCACCGGUUUGCAGAAAGAGCGCCACAAUUCCCGGCCACCGGAACAUGCCCCUGUUUCAACAACACUUGUUCUUCGUCUUUUCCUCAUUCAUCAAAACUGCACUCCAACCAUCCUGCCCAAAUAGUGUCUUCACCGCAGACCAUGCUCCGGCGAGCAUCUCGAGCGGGCUUAUUCCUGCCUGGAUUAUUGAGCUCGAGCUUCAGAAUCGGCGAUGAGUGCUACGUGUGUAGGGGAAGUGAUCUUUGGAGUGAUGCGAGUGCAGAGAGUGGUGAGGUACGAGUAGCGUUGAACACGGGGACGUCGUUGUUCUUGUUGCAGAAGUGGAGGUUCAGCUAUAAGUAGAAAAGUGAAGUGUUAAGAGCUCGCCAUGACCUUGACAGACGGUGUGGAGAGUAGUGGUGGUAAGGAGGCUCUGGAGAAGGCAGACAGGCAGCUAGAUUGGGUGGACAGGGCCAAGGAUCAGGCGAGUGGAGGCGCGGAUCAGGAGCGAGAGAUGGAUCUUGGACAGGAGCCAGGGGCUAACUUAGGCGCCGACAAUGCGUGUAAGAGCGGCCCUAGUGGUGUGAGCAAGAUGGAGGAGGAGAAUUAUGGAGUUUCCGCUGAAGGUAUGGAAAUUGAGCCACGUGAAGCAGCGAAAGCAAGUGUAGAGCUUGAGAGCAUCGAAGUAGUUAAAGCAGAGUUUGUUGACCUGAUCGAAAGAGAGUCUGGCACUGAAGAUUAUUGUCACAAGGCUGAGGUCAGCAGUUCUAGGGGCAAUGGGAAAACUACUAUCCAGGAUGCGGAAUCUCCAAAACACGAGAUUUCUUUAGAUCGUCCACUCUCAUGUCCGCGCAGAAGUGACACACCGCGUCUCAGUCUACGGAGGGUGAACUCAGCAAAGACGCGGUCUAGUUCACUUAGUUCUCAGAGAUCAGUGAAAGGUUCUCCUAAUCAAGAUAUCCACUCUGGAGCUACUUCAGAUUCGAAGGUGAAUCUGGGCUUGAGGGGAACAAGAAAGAGAGCCGAUGAUGCAGAGGAAUUGAGACAGUCUUCUAGCUCGGAGGAGCUGAAUGGUGAUGGCAAUAGAGACAGAGAAGUUGACGAAGACGAGGUAGAUGGCACAGGGUACAGAUGUGGGAUUUGUAACGAAGACUUUGAGAGUGCAAAAAGCCUGAAUUUGCACAAGAAAUAUCACCCGCAGUACACAUUGAGGCGUAAUCCAAAACGAAGCAGAAAGCUUAUGGACCAGGAAUACACCGUAGAACCAGGGGUGGCAGCGCCGGUGCAAGCGUUAGCACCAACGAAGAAGACGAGCUCUACAUCAGAGGAAUUCCCAAAGCCCUGCACAGAGUGUGGAAAGGAGUUCUCUUCAUGGAAAGCCUUAUUCGGACACAUGAGAUGUCACCCGGAGCGCGAGUGGCGAGGGAUUCAGCCCCCUGCUGAAAAGAGCAAUCCUGGGGGACAGGGUAGUGGCCAGCAUGCAGGUGGAUUCGGAAAUCUUACCAGUUUCAGACGGAAGAAACCAUCCCCUGCCCCCCAUAUUCCUCCGUCACCUGCUCCGCUUGCCGUUUUUCUUCCGGAGGACGUCAAUGAGAAGUCUGGGUCCUUGGAUUCACGGAGGGCGCCGGCGGCUGGUAAAGCCUCAGACAAUGAGAGUGACACGGAGAGCAUUGAAGCUGCCUACAUGUCGAAUGGCGAUCGGCACACGGUCAUGGGAUGGCAGACUGGGAAGCGGUCGAAGAGAUCUCGUCAAACACACCGUUCUUUGGAUGCCGUCAACGAUGCUAAAAAGGAGCUCUCCAAUUGCAGAGAUAGCGCUGCAAAUAUGGCAGAGUCUAAUGAUAUGAUUGAAGCUCUUAUGCUGCUUCAAGCUGCCAAUAGGAGUAGGGGAAGACUGACGCCUACAUACACGCCUGAAUCCCAUGGUAGCAAGUCACGAAGCAAGUCAAGAACACCCGAGUCUGGAGUCGAAGCUAGUACAGAGGAGCUGUCUAAAAGGGGAGAGAAAAUCAAGCUUGAAGUUGAAGCUGCAAGUCUGUGCGGGGAUACUGAAGAGGGUGGCGAUGAUUUCGACGCAGGGGAGCAAGGCAGCAGUGCAAGGUCUAAGUAUGAAUGUGCGACGUGCAAGAGACAGUUCAAGUCGCAUCAAGCUCUUGGGGGACACCGAGCCAGCCACAAGAAGGUAAAGGGGUGCUUUGCACGGACCAGUGUGAAUGAAGGUGGAGCGCAUGAGCAGAGCCUGGAAUUCAUGGAUGCAGAGGACGAGGAGGUUCUAAAGUCUGAGGAACAGCUUCCUAACGAGCUUCAAGAAACGUCCCACAACAGUGAGGAAGACAAGCCUUGCUGCCUGCCAGACAAUGAGGAGAUGCUCAAUGCUGCCCGCAAGACCAAAGCACACGAGUGCUCCAUCUGUCACCGAGUGUUCAACUCUGGGCAAGCUUUAGGAGGCCAUAAGAGGUGCCACUGGGGUGGUACUGGAAGUGGGACACCUGGCUCCAGUGAGGCGACGAGUGCAAAGCUAGUCCAGAGUGGACAACGAAACAAGCCACUGAAGGAGAGCGUGUUGGAUUUGAAUUUACCUGCCCCUGAAUGCCUUGAAGAGGAGAUGGCGCAGCACCUAGAGGCUGGAGCCUCCUCAAUAAACUACAUGGCUGUCCCUAGCUUAAACUUCUUCAACAUUAUGAACAAUCCGUCCAGGAGCGCGUACAGGAACAAAGUUGAGCAGGGGCAGCAUGCGGCUUUCCUUCAAGGGGAAGAAUCGAGUACUGAUAACCAGGUGGAGAACGGAAUGGAAGGCAUCAACCAGUUUACCAACUUUGAACGGGCGUAUGGGCCUCUUGACACAAUAACCGUUCACCAGAAGCCCCAUGUGGCGAGCAUGGCGUUAGUUACGGGGCUAACUCCCACCUCUGCCUGACUAGGCAGCUGCAGAAUUUGUGAGUCCAUCGGCUAUUAUGCAAUGUCAUUCAACUUUUCAGACCCAUGGUUUCCCGAUUGCAGCAGCAGCAGCUCAAAAUGAGGUUUCCUCUAUCGCCACCACUAGUAGAUGAUGAAAGCUUUGCGAAUUGUUCGGUUUGGCGGAAGUUCGUUACAUCUCUCCCACCUUAUUACCAUUCUCUCUCUCUCUCUCUCCCUCUCUCUCUAAUGUUGUUUUUAAGAUCCCCAUUGUACACAACAGUGACAAGCCCUGUAACUGGGUACGCUCAAAUUACACGUUGUAAAAUAAAAUAACUCAUAGAAAUGUUAAGUAUCUGAAGGGCUACAUUCAAGCUCAUAGACGUCGUUGUAGAAUGAAUCGAAGAAAACGAAGUUUCACCAAAAUAUGGGCCACAAUUUCCUUGUUGAAAGGAGCCAUACACAUGCAACUUAUCCAACUUUACUUCCCGUCACAGACUGGAUGCGAUUGAUUGAUUGCAUGCACUGUAUACUAUGCUUCAGUUAGAAGCUAACCUGUAAGCUGUUGCAGCUUAUCA